GUGGAAUUCCCUUCUGGAAGGUAGUGUAGUCUGAGUCUUUAGAUUCAGCCAAGGCUGACUUAGAUAGCUCAUCAAUAGACAAGGAAAUUAAUUGUUAUGGGACAGCAGAUAGAAAAGUGGAGCUCAGACUGUACCUAUGAUUUAAAGAACAAUAGAGCAAGGUCCAAGGACCAAAUUCGUUACUGUUUUUCCUACUUUUGAUGGAACAGCUGUGGUGUCAUGCUAACAUCGCUUGGCUAGUAAUCUAGAACUACAGAUUAAUAUUCUGAGGACUUGGCUUCAAAUCCCAGUUGGAUCGUUGAAAAUGGGUGGUUCCGAUGAAGUCAUCCAAUCACAUCAACAUUAGAAUAUGGGCUGUCCUGGUACCUAUAAGUUUAAAGUAAGAUUUUCCCCAGUCACCGUAGAAGAAUGGAGUGUGAAUGUGCCUGUUAAGUGCUGAAUUUAAUCAAGGGAGAUGGAUCUUAGACACAGCAGCUCCGCAAGACGGCGUGGAGUUAUAACCAAGGACAGCUCAAGCAUUGAGGAACUGACUGGGGUGAACUAGCUGGAGCAUGGAUGAGUGGUUCGCUGUUCGCCUUUUCUGCAUGAGGCUGCUGAGUGUUUUUUUGCUGUUCAGAAUGCCUGGGGUUGCUGGCUGCUCCACCGAAUGCAUCUGCACCCAGUUUCUGACGAACUGCACAGGGAGUCAGCUCCAGCAGGUCCCUACUGGGAUCCCGCUCAGUACCCAGCAGCUCAUCCUGUCCGACAACAACAUCUCCAUCCUGCCCCCGCUCGCCCUCAACUACCUGGGCGGCCUGGUGUACCUGGACUUCAGGAACAACUCUCUCACCGAGAUCUCGCACAGCUCCCUGCUCAACCUGAAGACCCUGGUGUACUUGGACCUCAGCUGCAACCAGCUGCGGAGGAUCACCCACCUCAGUUUCAAGUCCCUAACCAGUAUGGUGGUGCUGAAGGCGAGCCGCAACAGGGAACUGACCUUCAUUGACCACCGCGCGUUCUCCACAAACGAGAAACUGCAAGAGAUUGACAUAAGCGGCAAUGGACUGACUUUUAUUGAUGCCAGCAUAUUGGAGGCACUUCCACAUUUGCGCUCCGUGCGGAUGUCUGGGAAUCCUUGGACCUGUAACUGCAACGCGCAGUAUUUAAGUAACUGGAUGAGAAAAAACAGAAGGAUCAUUCCAGAUGCUGCUAAUGUCACAUGCACAUUUCCAGAUUCUUUACAAGGGAUCCUUGUCAUGGAAGCUGCAGAUGAACUUUACUCACUUUGCCAGAGAAAAAGGCAACUCAAAUCAAGAGAAGUCCUAUAUUUUUGUCUUAUUGGCCCAGGAUUAUUUUCUGCAAGCAUUGUUCUCAAUUUUACUUGCAGUUUACUGAUGGCUCACUUCAAGAGAUUCAAAAGGAAAGAGCUCAAGCGUUAUCGGAAACUUCGCAGGGCCAUCUCAUUUAAAUACUCAAGGCGGCCGAAUGUGAUAACUCAGGAACACAUUGCCAAAGCCAAUACAAAUAUAAAUGAUCAUUUAGGAACACAACACAAUGGCUGACUUUAUAUUGGAAUGCUUGCUGCUAUGAAAAGGUGAUCCAUGUUGAAUAGGAAUUUGAUUAACUGGCACAAAAGAUCACUAGAUGAAUACUGAAGUAUUGCCUUAAUAUUAAAGCCAUCAGCACUAUUGGAUUAAAAUUAACCUUGUUAACUGGAUUGUAAUUAAUCAUUUCUGAACUUAAUUUUCUACAGCAUCCUGAAUCUCAAAAUACAGAUACAUUUCUACAUAUUUAUUUGCUACUGAAUAAUAUACAGAUGAAUUAAUGAGGUGUUUUCAUUCACAUUACAUUUGCAGACACGAACUGCUUGUUCUGAAACCUUAUCUUAUUUCUAAAAUGCUGGAUGAAUCCAAAGAAUUAUGGCUAAAAA